CUGCAGGCGAAAACGAAAGUCGGAGAAUCAAAUCGUUGAAUAUACAGUUGGGAAGUUAAAAGAAGACAACAUUCUGAUGGCAGAAGGAGGUGGUUUCAAUGUUUCAGUGCGGGGUUCUGAUGCAGAAUUUGAGUACGCGUGCACACCGUGCGCAGAAGACGGCAGCAAUCAAGAAGCAGUGAAAUACUGCCCGGAGUGUAAGGAAUAUCUUUGUACAGCUUGUACAAAAUAUCAUAAAAAGUUUUCCGCAACGAAGAAACACAACCUGCUUGAAAAAGACUUCCAGCAGCACGAACAUAGUUUUGGUACCAGUGAAGGAGCAGUGAAGAAAAGAGACAAAUGCGCUACACAUGCGGAACGAGAUGUUGAGAUGUACUGCCGUUCUCAUGAUAUGGUAUACUGUGCUCUAUGCAUUGCUAAUGAUCACAGGUCAUGUACAGAUGUGUUUGAAAUUGAAGAGGCAGUCACCCGCUUUUCUGUACAGUCAGGCGAGAUUUUUGUUGAAAAGGUUGAAAGUGCGUUGAAGCAAAUGAUUGAGAUGAAACAAAACAAAGAUGAAAACAUCCAAACGGUCGGGAAGCAAAAUAAAGAGAUACGGAUGCAAGUACAACAAACAAAAAAUAAGCUUUUUCAACACGUUGAAAAGCUUGCUGACGAAACAUUAAAGACUGUAGACACUUUGCACACCAGUCUAAUACAAGAGUUAGCAAAGGAGCGGGAUACUGUAAUUAAAAGUAUUACAAUGUUAGAAAACUGCAGACGACAACUGAAUUCGUCGGGGAACUUUGAUAAAAGCGAACAGUUUGUGAAACAAAAGCUACAAAGGGUUAUAUUGUCAGCUGCCGAAAACCUUUGUAACGAAACUUGUUACUUUGAAUCAAAGAAAAUCACAUGCAAAGAGAAUAAUGUGUUGCUCGAUCAAAUCAUGAGUGCUACGUCCCUGGUACAAGUAGAAAAUAACGUGUGUCAGAAAACGUCAACCUUGAACGUACCACCAAGGGUUAAGUCGAUGGGUAUAGUGAUACAAUCUGUAAAGGAAUCUUCGGAUACGACAGAGUGUAACAUUGUGGGUAUCUGUCAGCUUUCAGAUGGAACCAUUAUUCUGGCAGAUUGCGCUAAUAGGAAAAUUAAGCGACUUGAUGAUCAGUACAGAGUCAGUGAUCACUGUGACCUAGAAGCAGGUCCGACGGGAAUAUGUUGCACUGGCAUAAAUGAGGUAGCUGUGAAGUUGAGUAAUGAUAAGGUACAGUUUGUGUCAGCUGGUGCUCAGAUGUUAAAAACAAUUCAGUUUGAUAUUAAAGGCGGUGCUUAUUUUGGAUUCGUCAGAUUUGCUGAUACAUUAUGGAGUUAUAAUGGAAAUGGUGCAGAUAUCUACUGCAAAUUUGGCACGCUGAUGAAGACCCUUAAGAAUGAUUCUUCCGGGAAACAGUUAUUCAAAUCAACAACAUCGAGACGUGUACUCCCAGUCGCCAGUAAUAAAACAUCCGUGUAUGUGUCCGACAUGGAUAACAGUGUUGUUUGUCUCGACGCUAGUGAGAAUGUUAAUAUGAUGCUGACAGAACCAAAGCUGAAACAGAUAAAAGCUGCGUGUAUAUCCAGUCAUGGUACUGUGUUUGUGGCAGGAUGUUUAUCGCAUAAUAUCAUGAUGUUUGGAAGUGACGGCAAAUCUCUGGGUGAAUUAAUAGCUUCCGACCAGGGCAUCAAAUAUCCUCAGUCAUUGUGUUACGAUAGUAAAAAGCAUAAACUGGUUUUCGGUUCUCUGAGCAACAAUAUUUCGCUGAUAGAACUCAGUAUUUGACGUCCUGUUGAAAGACUUCAGGUAAUCUAUAAAAACAUACCUGUUGUCAGUCGGAAGUGGCAAGUAAACAAAGUUGCUUGUCUCGAUAAAAGUGAGAAUAUUAAUCUAAAACAAAAACAAAAACAAAAAUGUGAAUUUCAAGUGAUCGAUUUGUGUUUGUCUAACAACAUCACCGUGUUUGAAAGUGAUUGCAGUUAGUGCCUGACUGAACUGGUAGCCCAGAAUCCCCAGUAAAUAAGUCUGCGUAACAAUACAAAGAAACAAUAACGGAUCGUUAACUGGUAUUUCAUGUAUAAAUGGACUUUUCAUAUUUGAUGCCUUUAUUCCAGUGUUAAAAGUUGCUUUAGUUAAAUUAUGACGAAAGUUUAACGUUGUUUUUUUCUUCUUAAAUUUUCAUUAUUUAAUAAGAUGACUUUGCACAUUUCCCUUCCUUGUUAUUUAUGAUUGCCUUAUAGUUUGCUUAGUGUCAGCUGAUUAUAAUUUCUAUGUUCAGCACGAAGAAAAACAUACUAAACAUGUAUACAGAGGAAAAAUUCUAACUGGCCAUCUCUUACUCAUUUCAAGUGGCUUUCGUUAUAUAAAUAAAAUCACUUUGAACUUCGCAACAUACAAAUGCCUUGAACAUGUCCUGAUGAUAGAAUUACAGAAGUGAUGUGAUGACAGACGUUCAUAUGUUCUGUUGUAUGCCUUAAAUAUAAGCAUAUUUCUUUAACAGUGGAGGUUACUCCAGCAGAAUAACACUUUUCUAUUGCCUUUUGCUGAGAACCAGCCAUACUGGAUAAAAAGUGUUAUUUAAGACAGUAAACAACAAGUAAAUGUACAUAUAUGGUGGUUUAUUUAAGAAAUAAUAUAUUUCAUUUAGAGAUCUGUCGUUGAAUGAAAUCAUAGGAGUUCAGAUGUGAAGGAUUUUUAUAUAAUAAUACACAUCUGAAUGACAGUGUUUUUAUCCAAGAGCAAAUCUCUGUUUUGGAUACUAGUACUAGUAUGUUAUUUCAAUUUUUACACGUUAUCUAGGGAUAUUAUCUACAUCUUUGUGGAUAUUCAACAAAUAUUUGCCUGUUUUAAGUGGGGUUUAUUUUUCAGGGUGCUGCUAUGACGCUUUGCACUAUGACUUACUGAUUAGGACGGGCAGUGUGUGUAUUUGUUGCAUAAUAUUUACAUUCGCCCUAUUCUUUUCAAUUGAAAAUUACGACGUAUAUAUGGUGGCUGAUUUCUGCCAUUUUAGUGUGUUUGCGAGGCGACAACACAAAAACACGAAACCUCCACACAUGUUACACGUAAACACGAGGUUUAGAGGGCGCCGACACGACAUAUUUGUUUUUAGUUUUUGUGUUUGCGGGUACGAACAUGUCGUGUUGGUACCCAUUAUUUGUCGUGCCGUUGUGUUGUUGUGAUUUCGCCACGCCGAUAUGAAAACUCGAACCUUAUUUGUCGAGGUUUCGUGUUUUCGCCCGGUCAAAACACGUCAAAUAUCUAAUUUGUAGAGUUUUCGUGUUUUCGUGACGGCGUCUUCCGUUAGACAUGCGCACAACAAUUACUAAACUGAACACAACAUAACUGCAUGCAAAAAUAUGCUAAAACAACUGGAAAGUAUAAGGUUAAGAAUAAUGACUGACAUAUAUUAUUUGUUUAUUUCGGCCGAAUACCAUUUUGUCAGAAGACAAACGUCGAAUAUCAAACUAAUUACUUCUACCUUUUUACCCCACACCUACAUUUUAUGUAUUUGCUCAUAAUGUAUCAAAGCAAUUUCUUACUAGAGUAAUAAGUGCAUUUUUGAUAAUGACUAAAUCUAAUAAAGUCUGUG